GGUGAAGUCGGGCGAGGCGGUCUCACUAUGUGGCGUGCGGCCCGCGGGCUGGGUGUGCAGGCUGUGAGGUGCUGCGCGUUUCCCGGACCUCGGAGCAGGCCAGUCGCCUUCAUGUCUACGCUGCUGAUCCAUCAGCCCCAGUUUGCUUGGCUGAAAGAACUGGGGCUGCGCGAGGAGAACGAGGGCGUGUACAAUGGAAGCUGGGGCGGCCGGGGCGAGGUUAUUACAACCUACUGUCCUGCUAACAAUGAACCAAUAGCAAGAGUGCGACAGGCCAGUAUGUCAGACUAUGAAGAAACCGUGAAGAAAACAAAAGAAGCUUGGAAAGUCUGGGCAGAUAUUCCUGCUCCGAAGCGUGGGGAGAUCGUACGACAGAUUGGGGAUGCCUUACGGCAGAAGAUCCACGUUCUGGGAAGCUUGGUGUCCUUGGAAAUGGGGAAGAUCUUAGUGGAAGGCGUGGGAGAAGUUCAGGAGUACGUGGAUGUUUGUGAUUUUGCCGUGGGCUUGUCGCGGAUGAUUGGCGGACCCAUCCUACCUUCUGAAAGACCUGGCCAUGCCCUCAUUGAGCAGUGGAAUCCUUUAGGCCUGGUUGGGAUCAUCACCGCAUUCAAUUUCCCUGUAGCAGUGUAUGGCUGGAAUAAUGCCAUCGCAAUGAUUGCUGGGAAUGUCUGCCUUUGGAAAGGAGCACCAACGACUUCACUCAUUAGCAUAGCAGUCACUAAGAUAGUGGCCAAGGUUCUGGAGGACAACAAUCUGCCGGGUGCAAUUUGUUCCUUGACAUGUGGUGGAGCAGAUAUCGGCACAGCAAUGGCCAAGGACGAGCGUGUGAGCCUUCUGUCCUUCACAGGGAGCACACAGGUUGGGAAGCAGGUGGCCCUGAUGGUUCAGGAGAGGUUUGGGAAGAGUUUGUUAGAACUUGGAGGAAAUAAUGCAAUAAUUGCUUUUGAGGACGCAGACCUCAGUUUAGUUGUUCCAUCUGCCCUCUUUGCUGCCGUGGGAACAGCUGGCCAGAGGUGUACCACUACAAGACGAUUGUUUCUACACGAAAGUAUCCAUGAUGAGGUGGUAAACAGACUUAAAAAGGCCUAUGCGCAGAUCCGUGUUGGGAACCCAUGGGACUCGGAGGUUCUCUAUGGGCCACUCCAUACCCAGCAGGCAGUGAGCAUGUUUCUUGGAGCUGUGGAAGAAGCCAAGAAAGCGGGUGGCACAGUGGUGUAUGGUGGCAAGGUGAUGAGCCGCCCUGGAAAUUAUGUGGAGCCCACCAUUGUGACAGGCCUUGCCCAUGACGCACCCAUCGUACACAUGGAGACUUUUGCUCCCAUUCUCUAUGUCUUCCAAUUCAAGAAUGAAGAGGAGGUAUUUGAGUGGAAUAAUGAAGUGAAGCAGGGACUUUCAAGUAGCAUCUUUACCAAGGAUCUGGGCAGAAUCUUCCGCUGGCUUGGACCUAAAGGUUCUGACUGCGGCAUUGUAAAUGUCAACAUUCCAACCAGUGGGGCUGAGAUUGGAGGCGCGUUUGGGGGAGAGAAGCACACGGGAGGCGGCAGGGAGUCUGGCAGCGACGCCUGGAAGCAGUACAUGAGGCGCUCCACCUGCACAAUCAACUACAGUAAGGACCUCCCACUAGCCCAGGGAAUCAAGUUUCAGUGACGUGUGCAUUCCUGUGGCUGCUCCAAGGAGGACGGACUGAGAAAAUGAAGGUUUACCCUGAAUAAAAUGCAGCUUUUUGAACAUGA